AAAUUAUAACAAUAGCUAUAGCUAUUUUGCAUCUUGCAUCGGACUUGCUCUCACGUGUCAUCGAUUUGGUCGGCUAGGAGCACCCCUGAUCGCAAGUCGUAACUAACCAGCACUGUAUUUCGUAGUCGGAGUUUGGUGGGGUGUAAGCGUUCCAGACCAAGCCAAACCUUAAAACAAAGGGCCGUUAAGUUUCCCAAAUCUAGGCAUGGCCGUUCAAAGCAGUUGGUCUUUCCCGCAACAAUCCGCGAUCCCUGUCCGAUUUGAGCAGCAGCUUAGAAGGCCGAGUGAGCAGCCUAUGUGUCUCAGCUUCUCAACUGGUAAUAAUUUAAGAAGAAGAGAUUGGAUGCGAGCUCUAGCUAUGGAGCGGAGCAGCGGCGGCGGAGGGGACCCACCUGCGGCAGUCCCCAAUUCGAAUUAUGUAGUGCCCAUGGACUCGAACUUAUCGUCUUGCAUCACGCGCCCCCUCGCGGAAAUUCUUCGAGACCUGAACAAGAGGAUCCCUGAUAAUAUCAUUACCAAGACUCAUGAGGAUCUUAUCAACACUUCCACUCCCUUCAUUCCCUGGUACCACGCCAACCGUAUGUUGAGUUUUUAUGCUCCAGGUUGGUGUGGAGAAAUACGGGAUGUGAUAUUUUCUGACAGUGGAAGUGUAACUGUUGUGUAUCGUGUCACAGUACGUGGUUCUGAUGGAGAGGCUUACCGUGAAUCAACUGGGACUGUAUCUUCUAGCACUGACCAUGUUGUAGACCCUGUGGCCGCUGCCGAGGAGUUGGCUUUUGGCAGGGCAUGUGCUCGGUUUGGCCUUGGUUUGUAUCUUUAUCAUGAAGAUUAGGUGCCACCAGAUUUAUCAACUUGAGUCAUCGGUGUGCCUAACAGUUAAAACAUACAUUUGUUCAAAUUCGAAUGAGAUCCACUAUAUUCCCUCUGUUUGUGUACUUUGUAAAGUGUAUAUGUAUUUAAAAAGUAGAAAAAUGAUGUUCUAUAUUUUAAAUAGAUGAGAUGUUAUCGUA